AUGUCGAGCAUGCCAUUCCCCCAUGAGAUCAGGAAUGGCAACCUCGCUGCCCCGCGAGACUCAUUAGAGCUCGCUUCCUUUGCUUCUUCGUCGCCUGCCUCUGUCGAUGGCUCAUCGCGUUCCUCUUCUCCCGACGGUAUCUCUUCUUCGCGCAAGCUGUCCCUCGAAGAUGAAGAUCCACUAGCGGGCGAGAACGGAGAUCUCUACCUCGAACCCGGGCGCCCAAGAGGUUACAGUACCUACUCUAUAUCCUCCGCGUUUGAUUUUGGUCGCAAUCUCUUCCCACUGUCGCAAACACAAGCCGCCGGUUAUGCGCCCCUCGGAACCCCGUCUGCACUCGAUCGACAAGGAGAUGCUUCGCUGGAGCGAAACAAGACCCUGACCUAUUUAAAUGGACUGUCGCUUAUAGUGGGAUUGAUUAUUGGCUCAGGCAUCUUCUCAUCCCCCAGUCAGGUCAACGCCAACGCGGGGUCCCCGGGUGCCGCGCUCAUUGUUUGGGCGGUGGCCGGUGUUCUGGCUUGGACUGGAGCUGCCAGCUAUGCGGAAUUGGGAGGUGCGAUUCCUUUGAAUGGAGGCUCGCAAGUUUACCUAGCCAAGAUCUUCGGCGAAUUGAUGGGCUUCAUGUUCACAUGGUGUGCGGUUCUGGUUCUGAAGCCUGGCUCCGCAGCUAUCAUAUCAAUCAUCUUCGGAGAAUACAUCGUGCGAGCAUUCGUUGGCGCCGAUGUGGAACAUAUCAACCCGUGGAUCAACAAGGGUGUUGCAUUUGGAGGGCUUCUAACAGUUACUCUGUUCAACUGUAUCUCCACUAAGAUUGCCACCCGCAUUGGUGAUAUCUUCAUGCUCUUCAAAUUCAUUGCACUGGUGGGUAUCACGGUCACUGGUAUAGUUGUGGCCAUUACAGGUGUUUCGUCCAGCGGAAGCGCCAACCAGGAAUGGAAAACUACUGGCUGGUUUGAGGGGACCAAUACCGAAAUCUCCGACUUUGCAGUCGCGCUCUAUGCCGGUCUAUGGGCCUUUGAUGGUUGGGACAAUACCAACUAUGUGACUGGCGAGUUCAAGAACCCCAGUCGCGACUUGCCUCGCGUGAUUCAUACUGCGAUGCCGCUGGUUAUUCUGUGCUAUCUCAUGGCCAAUGUCUCCUAUUUUCUAGUUCUGCCCCAUUCGACCAUUGAAUCCAGCAACACCAUCGCCGUUCAAUUUGGAGCCAAGGUCUUUGGAUCAGUCGGUGCCGUCAUUCUUGCUCUCGUGGUCGGUGCCAGCUGUUUCGGAGCUUUGAAUGCUACCACUUUUACAAGUGGCCGACUUAUUUAUGCCGCUGGCAAGGAAGGCUACCUCCCCGCUCUGUUCGGCCGCAUUGGGUUCUCGGCCUCGUCUUCUCCGACCCCCGUGGCGGGCAGUCGUCUCCGCCGGCGCUCCUGGGCUCGCAAGUCUCUUUCCCGUGUCUUUGGUGAUGAAGCCAGACUUGGAUACACCCCUAUAAAUGCGAUGGCCUUCAACGCCGCCCUGACAACCAUCUAUAUCGUCAUGGGCGAGUUCGGCACCCUAGUGACCUUCUAUGGUGUCGCUGGUUACACCUUUUACUUCCUCACUGUACUCGGACUGAUCGUCCUUCGCAUCCGCGAGCCACAUCUAGAACGUCCUUACCGCACAUGGAUCAGCACCCCAAUCAUCUUUUGCUGCGUUAGCUUGUUUCUCUUGAGUCGUGCCAUCAUCUCCGAGCCCCUCCAGACCCUGAUCGUGGUCGCCUUUCUCAUCACCGGUGUGCCGGUAUACUACUGGCGUAUUUACAAACGGGACGGAAAAACCGGUGCUACGGGUUGGAAGUUCUGGAAGCGGCGCGCGCGGUAG